AGCUCAGUGUGACCUGAGAUCUUCUGUGAGUAGCUGCUCGCUCCUCAGCUCGUCUUCAUCUUCAUCCUCUUCAUCCUCCUCGUGCUCAGGUGACCGUCAUGGCUGCCGCCCCCUCCAAGUCCUCACAGAAGGCCAAGAACGUGGCCCUGGCUCUGCUGGCCAUCUGGUCCAUCGUGUCUCUGGUGGUGAUCGUGGUGUGGGCGACGUCUCCCGACCUGAAGAGCUCGGCUCAGUGUAGGGCGGAGCUUCAGGACACGAAGGAGAAGAUGGAGGGAGCCAGGGUGGUGUGGGGGAAAGACCGUGUGGCUCUGGAGGAGAAGGUGGAGGAGGAGCGUGACAAGCAGGAGCGUCUGGCAGCGAAGAACCUGCUGCUGCUCGGACAACUACACGCCGCCAACGGCUCGCUGGAGGAGUGUCGCCAUGACAGCGUCAUCCUAAACAUGAACAUCAGCGUCCUGCAGGAGAACGUGGAGCAGCUGAGAGAGAAAGAGGUCAACUUGACGAGUCAGCUCGACCUGAAGGAAGAACACAUCGACACCCUGGAGCAGAACCUGACCCAGGCCGUCCACCUGACCCAGUCCUGCUACAGUCUGAAGGAUGCCGCGCAGAGCCAGAUGUCGGCAGCACAGAUCCAGACCAAAGCCUGCGAGUCCAAGCAGCAGUACCUGCAGAAACUGCUUCAUAAGUGUAAAUCUCCUGAGCCGUCGCCAACAGAGGACAGUUCAUCCACCGCUGACAGGAAGUCAUCGGCCCCGCCGCUCGCUGGUAUUCCUGCUAUGACUCUGCUUGUCUGCAGCGCUCUGCACCUGUUCACCUGAGUUCAGCGCGACAGCCCGUCUUUUUGGCGGCAUGUACUGUGGUCCAGGGAAGGAGGCGGAGCCUGGACAGACUUAACGACUGCUGUACAAGCUUCCUGUCUACAAAACAAACAGAUGGCCAUGGAGACGCUGACAUCACACUGUUUAAUUAGACACAAUAUUUGCUUUAAAAGGAACAGCUGAGACAUUCACUGACCGUCAGCGACUCUGACCACUGUGUCCUCAACGCUCAACAGAGAUCAGUGUUCCUGCUUCCUGCUUCCUGCUGCUGACACCUCCCACUUCCUGCUGCUGGUCUGUAGUUGUAGUUGUACUUCCUGUUGCCUGCUGCUGUUUUUACUGUUUCAGUCGUGGAUCAGAGUUUAGGAGUUUAUCACGUCUUCACUGUCCAUCACAAGCCGAGUCUCCUUAAAAUCUGGCUUAGUCAAAAAUCUCAACCGAAUUCAAAUAAAAAGCUCCGCCCAUUGUG